GUUUACGUUAACGUCAUCGUGAUAACGUAGCUUGUAAUCGUAAUAAUUCGUAAUCGAAAUUAAUAAUCAUUCAUAAUGAAUUUGAAACCCCUCGCAAAGGAAUAAGAAUUCCUCAAGUCACCUCUGGUAGUCCGAAACUACACCGAUGGAAUACUUCAAAAGCAGCUUCAAAUCAGUCCUAGGAGCCCAACCGGCCGAAGAACAAAUAUCAUACGCCGAUACCGUUGAAAGAUUAGUCGAUCGUUUGCAUACAUCUUCGUUACUGGAAGACAGACGCGAUGCUUGCCGAGCACUCAAAGCUCUAUCUCGUAAAUAUCGAGUCGAAGUCGGUGCUCAAGGUAUGAACGCUUUGUGCGAAGUAUUACAACGAGAUUCGAACGAUAGCGAGAUACUAAGUUACGCUUUAGAAACACUAUUCAACAUCACAUCGCCUCAACCUCUCGAAGAAGAAGAACGACCUGCAGGAGACGAAAAACGAUGGGAAACUGUAGGCGAACAGUUCACCGAGAUAUUCAUCAAGUUCCCCGAUAAUGUAACCGUAGUUUUGGGGUUCUUGGACGAGUACAGCUUUAAAGUACGAUGGCCGGCUGUAAGAUUACUAUCGAAUUUAGUCAUUAAUAAAACGAAGGAAAUUCAAGAAAUAGUUCUCAUUAGUCCGAUGGGUGUAUCCAAACUGAUGGAUUUACUCUGCGAUAAUCGUGAAGUGAUCAGAAACGACGCUCUUCUAUUACUGAUCCAGCUAACCAAAGGCAAUUCAAAUAUCCAGAAAAUAGUCGCUUUUGAAAACGCCUUCGAUAGAUUAUUCGAAGUAAUGCACGAAGAAGGAUACGCUGACGGUGGCAUCGUCGUCGAAGACUGUUUACUCUUUAUGCUGAAUUUAUUACGUAAUAACGCUUCGAAUCAGAAUUUCUUCAAAGAAGGUAGUUAUAUUCAAAGACUAGCUCCGAUGUUCGAAUUACCAGACGAGAAUAACAGCGUGAAUGUCUGGUCGCCGCAGAAAGUCUCCAAUAUUUAUUGUGUUCUACAAGUGAUUCGUUCGUUAGUCGCUCCAACCAAUCCUACGCAAGUAACAUCGUCGUGUCAAAAAACCAUGAACACCAGCGGCAUCCUUCAAGCUUUAUGUAACAUCCUGAUGGCCAACGGUGUACCGGUCAACAUCCUUACCGAAUCAAUCAACGCCACAGCUGAUAUAAUCAGAGGAAACUACAGCAACCAAGAGUACUUUGCUGCUUUACAAGCACCUUGUGCGAAUCCCAGAGAAGCUCUGGUGCUGUUACUCAUGUCAAUGGUGAACGAAAAACAACCGGUGACGUUACGCUGCGCAGUCCUAUACUGUUUCCAAUGCUUCCUAUUUAAAAACGAACUCGGCCAGUCCAGACUGAUCCAGACACUUUUACCAUCCACCGUAGAACAGGAUAACAUAUCUACCGGACAACUUCUCUGUGCCGGAUUAUUUGGCGCCGAUCCGAUGAGUAAUUGGUUCGCUGCAGUAGCUCUUUCACAUUCCUUGGUCGAUAACCCUGUUCAGCGUGAGCUCAUGUUGAAAGUUAUGCUGACACCUUCGCCUCAGAGUCCGCCUGCUUCGCUACUUAAUUUAAUCACCGAUUUAUUACAAUCUAAUGCUAAAAUCCAGAGUAAACUAGGAUUGUUAAUAUUACUAUCGACGUGGCUAUCGCAUUGCCCCAUGGCGGUCAACAGUUUCCUCGAAAUAUCCACCGGAAUACCUUAUUUAACGAACCAGGCUGCAGCUAUGGAACACGACGAAAACGACGAACUUGUCCAAGGACUAUGUGCAUUCCUAAUGGGUAUUUGCUUAGUAUUCAACGACGGCAAAUCGACCGUAUUUUCCAAAGAAAGUUUAUAUCAACUGAUCGUCAAACGAGUCGGUAUAGAGACGUUUAUCGAUAAACUGAACCAAGUAUCACGUCACGAGAUGUACAGCAAAGCGAGUAAACAUCCGCAGCUGCAUUGCAAGUCGUCGAAAGAUCUUUUACUGGAUUACGAAUUUUGCAAGCUGUUUAAAAUCCUCGAAAGUAUGAUAUUGAAAGCAGUCACAUCCAAGAAAGAAAACACCCUAAACGGAGGUCUAGACGAUCCGGAGGAUCAGAACAUUCAACAAUACAAAGAUAUGAUUCGAGAACAGGACAAAAAAUGCACCGAACUAACCGAAGAAAACGAUAAGCUCAGAGAGCAACUACGAAAUUACACCAUUGAUUUGGAAGAAUUGAGGAAAUACAUGUACGAUAUGCAACAGCAAAAUGCUCAACUAAAAUUACAAGAAGCCGCUUUGAAGAACCAGUUGAGUUUCAUGAAAAAUACCCCACCGCCCGAAACCGCCGAAAAUUCCCAAAAAACCGCAGCUGCCGAAGAGAAACUGAAAUCGGCCGAAUCUGAAAUCGCCCAAUUACACGGUAUCGUAUCUCAAUUGAAAAAGGAUCAAGAAGACUUGUUGAUCUUAUUGAGUGAUCAAGAAACGAGAAUCGAAACGUACAAGAGUCAAUUAAAACAACUCGGUCAAAAGGUCGACGAUGACGACGAAGACGAAACGACUGCCGCAGCUUCCGAGUCUCAAACCAUCAAUAACCAAGUAGUCCUUCCAGACGUUGAAAAUUUACGAGUUUCGUGAGACGAAAUAAGAAUAAAGCUCUGAGCUUGCAAAUUAUUACCUAUACUACCUAAAUUGGAGCGAGUUUUGAUGAAUCGACUCAACUUAUCGUUUGUCUACAUACAUUUUGUUGUAUUCGUAUAGUCAUCAGAACUAGAGUACUGGUACCCUUUAAAAAAAUGACGCAACUAUGCUUUGGCCCGAUUUGCGAUAGAUGUUUAUAAACGAAUGAUGUUAUAUUGUUUGUUGUAUGUAUAUUAUUAUGUUUUUAUUAGCCGUUUCAUAAAUAAAUUAUUUCAUCGUU